UUCUUCUUUACUUCGCUGCACUGCUUACGAACAUCCUUGCGAGACCAGCCAUAGCCUGCACCGCAGCUAAUAAUUAUAAGACCUAGGCCAGCUUGCAACAAUCGUAACAUAGGCACCAGGUCAGCUUGCUGCUUAUUCUUAUUAUUUUCUUUUGGCAAUGAGUCCUCUGCAUCGUCUUUCAAGUUCGAUCUGAAAUAGAAGUUCGAAAUGGCCAGCAGCGAAUUGUUUCAGAAUUUACUCACUCCUGAAUCCCUGAAGACGUUAGUGAGAGGCUGGCUGGCCGAGGACACACCUGCUUUUGACUAUGGCGGUGCUAUAGUUGGCAACAGGCACGAGAAGGCUGUGUUGCUUGUCAAGAGCAGUGGGGUCCUGUGUGGAAAGCCGUUUGUUGACGCGAUCUUCUCCGAGCUUGAUUGUAAAGUCAAUUGGCUCAAGAAUGAAGGAGAAGAUCUUGUGCCAGUAUGCGAAGUCGCUGAAGUAACAGGCCCCGCUCGACGGAUUCUCCUCGGAGAGAGAGUGGCUUUGAAUUGCAUGACAAGAGCUAGCGGAGUAGCGUCCAUGGCUAGGAAGUUCGCAUCCAUCCGUAGCCAGCAUGGGUGGAAGGGAGAAGUGGUGGGAACGCGCAAGACCACGCCAGGAUUCCGUCUGGUGGAGAAAUAUGCCUUGUUGGUUGGGGGUAUGGGAACACAUCGCCAUGACCUGAGCUCCAUGGUUAUGUUGAAAGACAACCACAUCUGGUCAGCCGGUGAUAUCAGCAGUGCCGUAUCUAAGGCAAGGUCGGUGUGCGGCUUUGCUGUGAAGAUCGAGGUGGAGUGCAGGUCAUUGCGCGAUGCACAAGAAGCGGCCACGGCUGGUGCUGAUAUUGUGAUGCUGGACAACUUUUCACCCAGCGUACUGGCCACGGCUGCUCAACAGCUGAAGGGGGAAUUCCCUCAUCUUCUCGUUGAAGGCAGUGGCGGUGUCACGCUGGACAAUGUUGCAGACUAUUUCAGUCCCCACGUUGAUGUUGUGUCGACCAGCCGACCCACACAGGGAUAUUCCACAGUGGAUUUCUCUCUCAAAGUUCGCAAGGCAGGACAUGAUCCUUCCAACCCCACUGUGACUGAUGCUUGAGAAUAUAUUCGAUGCUUUUUUUAGAGCCGGAAAAAGCUAUUUUCGCGCUCCACUAAUCACGGAGGUACAGAACAAAAAGCAGAAUAGAAACAUUGAGAAGACAUAAACAAUAACUGACGAGACAUAAAUAGUUUUAAUACCAAUACCAAUUCAUAAAGAGCAGUUUUCAACCUGCUGUCCACCUAACCCACGGUUACCCUAUUUACAACUGGUUUUCGCUAGUGUGCUGAAAGAGUUUUGAGCUUGUUUUUAGUCGUGUUGUAUUUUUUUAAUUUUCAGUGGCGAGGGGCAUGUUAUUAUUAUUUUUGUAUCUGAUAGCACACUGUACUUCAAGUAGACUGAUAUGCAUGUGCAUGUACAUAGUUGCCAACGUCAAUGCUGUUUAUUGGCUUUACUUUUUAGCUGCUGAUGUCAAUGCUGGCUAUUGGCUUUACAGACAUUGUAUUUUUACACGAGUGAUUUUCUGAUCACCACGACAAGCUCGUAGUAGAGUCAAUACUGAAAAAAUAGGAGGCAUAAAGGCAGUGCUACUGAGUGCUCACAUCUCA